ACGAAAUCCCAAUUUACUGGUCACCGACGUGACUCGUAGUGAGACUGGAAGGGCUAUAUAAGCUCUCCCUCAACAACAUUUACACACAUGCUGAAUACAGGUUUCUAGUGCGUCUCAUAAGAGAAGACUCCCCAGUGACUGCUGAAUCCUGCACUAACAAGACUAAAAGCAACAAACUGUAUUGUGGAGCAAUGAAGGUUUAUCAGAGCGUCCUGCUACUCUUCUGCUGCCAGUUCCUUCACACGCUGGCUUUAGACUGUACUGUGAUUGAUGGUAACCUGAAGCAGAUAGAUGCUGGAUCUGGUUCAGUGGUUGGAGUGAACAAUCUUAAUGAGACAUUCGUCCUGAUUGAUAAUGUCUUCACAAAGAUCAGUGGGUCUCUAAAGCACUUCAGUGUUGGUCCUGCUGGUCAGCUGGGGGUUAAUACAGCAAACAACAUCUUUAAGUAUCAGAGUGGCGGUUUCGUUCAGCUUGCAGGGCUUCUCAAACAGGUGGAUGCUGGUGGUGAUCAGAUCAUUGCAGGUGUCAAUAUGUAUGAUGACAUAUACUGUUUAAAUAUGGAUGCUAACAACAAAUGGCCAUCCAGUAACACUCCUUGGGUUCAACUUAAUGGAAAGCUGAAGUACUACAGCUGUGGUCCAUACAGCUGUUGGGGAGUGAACAGCAAUGACCAAAUCUUCAUCAUGAAGGAUGUGUCAUCUAAUGUCUGUUCUGGGUCCGGCAGCUUCAUUAAUAUUCCUGGACUUCUGUCCAUGAUUGAAGUAGCAACUGAUGGCAGUGUCUUUGGUGUCAACUCUCAAGGAAACUUAUACCAAAGAACUGGAGUCACUCGCUCCAAACCCGAUGGCACAGACUGGAUCUCAAUGGUUGCCUGUCCCAAUGGCCACAAGCAUGUGAGCUUUGACCUGGGAGUGCUGUGGCUCGUGUGUGUUGAUGGCUCCAUCCGUAAAUGUAUUUUGACUGACUAAUUCCAGUCCCUUUCAGAUUUUUGUUAAUCUGAUGUAAUCCUUAUUAACAGAAAACUAAAAGCCUGAUUUAUACUUUUCUUCUUUCUUGCUGCUGAACCAAUAAAGCAAGUCAAGUCACUUUUUUCACAUCA